CACACAUCAACAAAGUCACUCAGUUCUCAACGUCAAGCGCACUUACACCCAGCGACAAUAUCGUCAUCAGUUCAACAUGAAAGUAAUCACCGUCAAUUUCCUUACUUGCGCCGUGAAGAGCUGCCGGGCUUCACCAGCGUCCACUCCACUCCAUUUCAAAGACGCAGAGCUGGAACAGCAAGAGCUCGAUUUCAACCCCGACCUGAUCCGGAAUAUCCUACCACGAAUCGAUUGGGAUUCUUUGAGAAUUACGGCACAAGAACUUGGAUUCCCCGAUAUUUCCAGCAUCAAACCCAGCGAUGACCAAAUCGACGAAAGUAUGCUAAAAGAUCUGCACAAACUACUUAUGGAAACACAGGUGGUUGAAGGAAAGCUGUGUUGCGCAAAUUGUGGCCAUGAAUACCAGAUCAAAGAAGGGAUCGCGAACUUUUUGCUCCCCAGUCACCUAGUCUAAGAGCGCUUGCUUCCCUCUUGACAUAACGGAUAUGGGCAAUGCUUCAAAAGAUCCGUAAAGUCUCUGGCUAUUGAACAUGCAUACUUUUUCGAAUCGGUAUUGAGCAUCCGAACCCUGAAGCUUCAUGAGGAAUUGCAAAGUUGUUGUCCAUGCAAGGCUCUCUUACCUCGACAGUAUUUUGGCUUCAUAUGCAUAUGAAUGACAGCUCUUGAUUAAAGUUGAUCGAAUUUAUCGAUGCGACAAUGGUCAGCUUACAGCAUGCCGGGACUAUUUGACAGAGAUGUAGUAUGGGGCUGUGCAGGCAUCAUUGAAGACAUAGAACCAUUAUGGAUGAACUCAAGACAGGCACAUCAACCGCAGCCCACAGAUCCCUCUAAGCGCAGGCUGGCACCUCCUAAUUUCAGCUCCAAAGAUCCUCCCGCUUCGUGCUAUCAUUUGACAUUAAAUGCAUGCCAGAUUACAGGGGUCUCUACACAAUAACGAAUUACGAUCAUGACCACAUGAAUGGAAGCUCCAAAGCUACUGUCUGUCCCUUGUUUUUUGAUAAAUGUGAUAUGACAUGAUUACAAUAGAU